AUUCACAGGGGUCAGAGCGUCCCUUUUCUCAAGCGAAGCGUCACAAUUGGAAUGGUACUUGCAGGUUUCGUUCAUGUGCGGUUUUGUUCCCAAUUCCAUUGACUAGUGAUAAAAGCGUAGCAACCACUCUGCUCCUGUAAAGAGGGUGAGCGCUUUUUGAAUGGCCGCUGGCGCCUCCCCUUUGUUUUCCCCGUCUGCGCGAAUCCUAAAUCCACCAUCAUCCUCAACUCCUUCCUUCUUCUCGCCCCAGCUUUCUCAUAAAUUUUUGAGUCCCGCUCUUACCAAUAAAGGGGUUUCUCUGUUUUGCGUGAAUCUCAAGAGAUUUUGCCCCAUAGUGAAGAUGUCAACGGCGGAGACUGCAAAGUCAGUGAGCAAGAAGGUGGAAGUCUUCGAAACGGAUGAGCUGGCCGUGUCUUUGGCCGAUUACGUCGCCGAUCUGUCUGCUAAGUUCACUAAAGAGCGAGGAGCUUUUACGGUCGCUUUGUCUGGUGGGUCGUUGAUUCAUCAUCUCAGGAAACUGGUGGAACCGCCCCAUGUUGAUGCUAUUGAAUGGUCUAGGUGGCAUGUGUUUUGGGUGGAUGAGAGGGUAGUGCCUAAGACUCAUGAAGACAGUAACUACAAGCUUGCUUAUGAUGGAUUUCUCUCCAAGGUUCCAAUUCCUCCUGGCAAUGUAUAUGCCAUCAAUGAUGCCUUAUCAGCUGAGGCAGCAGCUGAUGAUUAUGAAACAUGUGUUAGACACUUGGUCAAGAACAAUGUGAUAGCAGUAUCAUCAGUCAGCGGGUUUCCAAAAUUUGAUCUGAUCUUGCUUGGUAUGGGCCCUGAUGGGCAUGUGGCUUCUCUGUUCCCUGGGCAUCCUCUCAUGAAAGAGAGUAACAAAUGGGUUGCCUUCAUCAAAGACUCGCCAAAACCACCCCCGGAGAGAAUAACUUUUACUUUUCCGGUCAUUAAUUCUUCAGCUUACACUGCAAUUGUCUCAACCGGUGCUGGUAAAGCAGAUGCAGUUCACUCUGCACUUGGAGCCACCGUGAAUUCUGAUAAGCUGCCUGUUGCAUUGGUAUCGCCUGAGGAGGAGUUAAAAUGGUUAUUAGAUAAAGGAGCAGCUUCAAAGCUGUAGAUCCCUCAGCUAAGAUAUGGAUCCACGUGUUGUGCUUGUGUAUUUGUGUUUGUACUGUUAAUUUUGAUGUGAGAACAAUUUUGAUGUCUCAGUGACAGAUAACCGGUGGAAAGGAUUUAUCCUUGUGGCAAUAAAAGAACAACUUCAAGGUCCAAACGUGUUAUUGGGAA